AAAGAAGCCCGGGCGGGGCGGAGUGAGGAGCUGGAGCCCGGCGCUGGGGCCGAGGCGGCUACCGCGGGGGCCCGAAGCUCCGACGCCCAGCUCUUUCCUUCUCCUUUUGGCCGCGUUAAGCCUCACCUCCCCACCCUGCCUCCCCCCCGGGCACCAGGCGGCCGGGUUGACAUUUGGACUCCCGGCGGCAGCAAGGACGCUCACCUGGCCGAGCCCCGCUCCCUUCUCCUCCACCCCUCCCCCACCUGCCCUCCACCUCCCCUCAGAAUCGGGAGGCGUCCGGAUCCGUAGGCGAGGAAAUAACGACCCCUGCAGUUGUAUUGCGGAAAAUCGCGGCGGCGGCGGCGGCGGCAGCGCUAGUCGCGGACGAUGGAAGCGAGGCAACUGGAGGUUCCGGGGAGCCCAGGAAAAUAGCAGAGGAACAGAAAGCGCGCACGCGACGCGGGGAGCCCGUAGGCUCCCGAUGCUUCCGAGUACCUGGCUCCCCACGGUUCCCGUUCCGAGCCCUGGACGUGUCUCCCGAGCCGGGCUCCGAGGCGGCAGGCUGCGUGCGGACUUGGGCAGCCGGGAGGGUCGGCGGAGGCAGCUGGCGGCCAGCAGUUGCGGGCAAUAAUCCCUGCCUCUCUUUCUGUCUCUCUGUAUGCUGUGUCUGCUCCUCCCCCCGGCCCCCGGAAGCAGGAGGAGAACGGCCCCGGAGCGGAGCAGCCACCUUCUGACCAUGCCCUGGUGAGGUGGGCGGACUUCGAGGGCAACUCGUCGCGAACUGCCUGGGCUUAGCCAGCAAGCUGCGAGCUGCCAGGGGCCCGGAACUGCGCGGCAAGGCCCAGCGGGGGGCUAUCGUCUAUGACUUCUUGGGGCUCCAGGAGGAUCGGGGUCUCGUUUUUGCAGGAAGAGCCCCGCGCUGGUGGCUUCAGGUGGCUGCCGCCGCCGCUGCUAGUGCUGUUUCCGCCGCUUGUGCAAGGAGUAGAGACCGGCGAGCAGGGAGACUUCCCGGGCAGCGAGGCAUCGGACAUGUGUCAGCACAUCUGGGGCACACAUCCGUCAAGCCCGAGGGGAGAUUUGCUGGAACAAUUCAAACUGCGAUAUUGAUCUUGGGGGUCCCUGGCUGGCAGUCGGGUGGGAGUGCGAGUGUGCGCUCGCUAGGAAGUGUGUGCGUGUGUGCAUGUGUGUGUGUGUGUGUGCGCGCGCGCGCGCCCUGUGGGGAUUCCCCCCUUCCCCCCUGUUUUCCCGUCGAGUGAUGCACUUGGAAUGAGAAUCAGAGGAUGGAAAUAGUCUGGGAGGUGCUUUUUCUUCUUCAAGCCAAUUUCAUCGUCUGCAUAUCAGGUAUACUGCCGAUUUCCUCUUCAUUUGUUUGGUCUGCUCAACAGAACUCACCAAAAAUCCAUGAAGGCUGGUGGGCAUACAAGGAGGUGGUCCAGGGAAGCUUUGUCCCAGUUCCUUCUUUCUGGGGAUUGGUGAACUCAGCUUGGAAUCUUUGCUCUGUGGGGAAACGGCAGUCACCAGUCAAUAUAGAGACUAGUCACAUGAUCUUCGACCCCUUUCUGACGCCCCUUCGCAUCAACACUGGGGGCAGGAAGGUCAGUGGGACCAUGUACAACACUGGAAGACAUGUGUCCCUGCGCCUGGACAAGGAGCACUUGGUCAACGUAUCAGGAGGGCCCAUGACAUACAGCCACCGGCUGGAGGAGGUCCGGCUACACUUUGGUAGUGAGGAUAGCCAAGGGUCAGAGCACCUCCUCAACGGACAAGCCUUCUCUGGGGAGGUGCAGCUCAUCCACUAUAACCACGAGUUAUAUACCAAUGUCACAGAAGCUGCAAAGAGCCCAAAUGGAUUGGUGGUAGUUUCUAUAUUUAUAAAAGUUUCUGAUUCAUCAAACCCAUUUCUUAAUCGAAUGCUCAACAGAGACACUAUCACAAGAAUAACAUAUAAAAAUGAUGCAUAUUUACUACAGGGACUUAAUAUAGAGGAACUAUAUCCAGAGACCUCUAGUUUCAUUACUUAUGAUGGGUCAAUGACUAUCCCACCCUGCUAUGAGACGGCAAGCUGGAUAAUAAUGAACAAACCUGUCUAUAUAACCAGGAUGCAGAUGCAUUCCUUACGCCUGCUCAGCCAGAAUCAACCGUCUCAGAUCUUUCUGAGCAUGAGUGACAACUUCAGGCCCGUCCAGCCACUCAACAACCGUUGCAUCCGCACCAACAUCAACUUCAGUUUACAGGGGAAGGACUGUCCAAACAACCGGGCCCAGAAGCUUCAGUAUAGAGUAAAUGAAUGGCUCCUCAAAUAGGAAAGUAAGCCAAGAAGAAUCCCACCUCAGUGAAAUGCUACAACUGUGAAUUGACGUAACCUAAACUGUCCCCUUCUUUCUUCUCUUUCUUUCCUCCCUCAAGCCUCAUUCACUCUUUGGAUCGGCCCUUUCUUCAUGAAAAUUGUCUGCAAAACCUUGGCAGAGGAAUAUAUCUCUUACACACACUCACAAAUACACACACAAGCACUCACACACACAUACACACACAUGCAAAUAUAUCUACUCACAUACACACUCAUACAGCCCCCAAGAUGGGAAGUUAAAUUUUAGAAACAAAAGGCUCAUUCAUAAGAGGUCUUAGAAGAAAAUAACCAAUUAACCUGAUUACAAUUUUGAUACUGUUUUCCGAAACAAAUAAAUCUACCGAAUGAGAAUUUUCAGCCUUGUAUAUUACAAAAUUCUUCCAAAAGAGAGAGAGGAGAAAACACAGCUCUGACAGCAUCAAGUGGACUUUUGUUCUUUGCAUCAAGUAAUCUCAAAUAGUGUCCUAGGAUCCUUUAUGGGUGCUGGUGACAGGUGAGCCAAGACAAAGUUGGCCAAGGACACAUUUCUAGAUUGCGAUUCUUCUGUUUACUCAACAAUUUAAAAAGAAAAAAGGACAGACAUUGAAUAGAUGCACAUUGUAUAUAUAUAUAUAUCACCACAGACUAUUAAAAAAUGGAAUUAUUACCCCUCUUUGUCAUAUAUGUGUAGUAGGAUUUGCCAAGAUCAUAUUGAUCCAUUUGCUGUUUCUUAUUUUCCAAAGGUCAUACAUUGUGUUUGGUUAUUGUUAACAGCUCAAUAAAUGUGUUUAACAAGUUAAUUUCAUUUUUCUGGCUAUAGUCUAUUCUCCUUCCUUACAGGCUAAGCCCUGGCUCCAUACAACUGCAUUCUUUGGUUUCAUUUGUUCCUUCAUCUACAUGUUUUGCUCAUUUGCAGCCAGUUUUUACUGAGUUUGUGGCAAUGGGAAUGCAUUUGCUAAGCAAGUAUAACUUUAACUCCACUCCAUGGCUCGAUCAUUCAUAUGAGGUGAGGUUCAGCCUGAGAUAGUAGGUGACAGAUUUCUUGCACUUCAAAACUGCCACCGCCCACCCCACCCCACCCCCGUGAUGCUCCCUUGAAGGAAUGCACUUUGUCUUGUAAAUUCUUGGGAAAGAGGUGUAUUUUCUCUCCAGGUUCAGCUGGAUCUCACAAAGUACAAAUGAAUGCCUUUCUUUUCUUGUUUAUAAUGGUCACUCACUGUGUUUGGUUACUGUCAAGAAAUCAAUAAAUGUGUGUAACAAGUUA